UCUCUGCGGGGUGCUCGUUAGUGGGUGCUCUUCCUUGGAGCUUCAGACUUUAAUUGAUUCCCCAAGAUGUUUGCAAAAGCAACAAAGAAUUUUGUGAGAGACGCUGACGGUGGGGGUGACUUGAUCCCUGUCGCCCACUUGAACGCCUCAGACAAGCUGCAGCUUCUGGGCUUAGUCACAAAGAGGAAGAAAUUCUGGUGCUGGCAGAAGCCCAAGUAUCACUUCUUGACCGUCACCCUGAGUGAUGUGCUUACUGAAGACAAACCCAUAAAACCAGUGAUUGUGGAGUCUGACUUUGCAAAAUAUAUUGGGAAGUUUGAAGAUUUUGUUCAAGGAUGUGUUGAAACUUCAUUUGGAAAGAUCAGCCUGGGAGCUGGAGGGAAGGGCUACGUGGAAAACCAGUCCUCAUUUGGAAACCUGAGGAAGCAGGAGAUUGACUUGCAGCAGCUCAUGAAAGAUGUCAAAGACAGAACAAUAAAUCUAAACAGUAGUUUACUGCAGCAAAUAAUGGAAAGAAAACGUGAAGUGCUCUGCAUCUUGAGAGAAAAGAUAAUAACGACUCAGAAGUGUACGAUAUCUGAACAUAUCCAGACAGAAGAAAAAAUCAGCGGUGCGGUGGGCUGCAGUGCAAAAAUAGUAAAGGUUUCAGUGAGUGAAGAUGGAAGUAUGAUGAAGGAUUCUAGUGUGAUCCUUGAAAUUCCUCCUGCAACCACCAUUGCCUACGGUGUAAUUGAACUGUUUAUAAAGCACAGUGGCCAGUUUGAAUUCUGUCUGCUAGACGAACAGCAAGGGGGCUUUGAAAAAGAAAGCACGGAAGGCUCGACCUAUCCCCCUUCAGCACUCUUCGGAGAUGCUCCGUUUCUCUCUCAGCCAGAUGCUGUUGAUAACGAGGUGUGCGCCGGGGUGAAGAACCUCAUUCCCAGUCGUGCUUCUUUAAGCGUCCUGAAACAAGAACUGUCACGGCUGAAGACUCAGUUCCAGCCCUUUGUGAAGCUGCCGGAAGACAAGCAAAGAGCCCUGUAUAGCACCCUUUGUGAACUCCUGCUCCAGGAAGAACUGGUGACUGCCCUGGAGGAUGUGUUGGAUGAUAUUUGCACAGGAGACAAGCCAGACCUGAAGGAGUUAAAGCCUGCACAGCAGCGAGCCCUGGCUGACUUCUUGCAGCUCUUAGGGUGCAGUUUACAGAGCGAGCUGCGGGUGCAGAAAUACCAGCCUCGGGAUGAAGAACUCCUCUCAGCUGCUCACCUCCUCGUCAGUGCUGUCUCUGAGCUGCCUGACUACACCCUUGGCCUGCUGCGUGCCUGCUGUGACCUUCGGGUUGUCCCAGCCCUGUGUUGCUUGGUGAGCGCCGCGUCAGCCGAUGGCGCCGUGGCGCUGAGCAGCCCUUCCCUGGCCGCCCUGGCUGACGGAGGAAGAUUUGACGUGGUGCAAAGGCUCUUUGCUUCCUCAAACAUCUGCUUGGAGAGGACGGCGGCGGCGGCAGUGAAAGCUGUAACCGUGACCGGACCCAGCUUCUCCCCGCUCGUUCUUUACGUGGCAUUGUCUGGAUUUUCUGCUCUAGGUGGGAACGUCUAG